AUGUCCCUUCAUUUUCUACCUUGGACGCAAGUCUCGGUGUUCAUUGCGGAUGAGGCUAGUGCAUAUGUCUAAAAAGGUGUACAUAUUUGUAAGCACAGCAGCUGAUUCUCAUCUAUGGAUGAUGUUAGUUCCGUUUUACAUUAUAUAAUACUACAAACUGUAUGAUGGGUGAUAACACCUAUUCCUCUUCUACAGCACAUCUAAUUAUAUUCGGUGCAGCUUACAAUUUUGCUAAGAUCAAUCAUCUCAUUCUGAUAUUUAUUGAAAUAGUAUUUUCAACAUCAGUUGAUGAUAAUGCUAAUAUGGAUGUCAUAAUUGAAUAUGUUGAGAGCAAAUACUUCAUGCAUAUGUAUUGUAGGGAAAAUGUCAAAGACCCCUGCAAAACGUAAACGUCUGAGAGCAAGGGAAAACAAUGAUGUUCCUGGACCUUCUACAGAACCAGACCAUCAUCCGCUGUCCAGUGUGGUGCCAAUGAUUGACUAUGCGGAGCUGGCAAGACACAUUGUGCAACAACAAGCAAUCCAAGGACAGGCGGAACAACAGUUGGUUACCGAAAACAAUGUACAGGGGAGCCAGCCAGAAGCUGCAACACCCACAAUGACCUCAGCAACAGUGUCAGGUGGAACCCAUAGUGUGGGGGCUACCAAUGUCCUACCUGGACCACAGUCUGUCUCUCCCAUGGACACCCCCAACAUUUCUAAUGUGGGUUCGAUUUUAGAUGUAGUUUUCUCAGACAGCCCGGUUCCAAGCUCCAUAUUUGGAGCAGUAUCCCACCCCGGUUCCGGAACAUUUAUUGCAGAUUUAACUUCAGCAACAGCUCAUAUUCUGACAGCUUCCUUAACACAGGCAUCUCGAGCUGCAUAUAGGCGGUCUUGGGACCUAUUCCUGAAUUACAAACCAGUUACUAACUUACCUUUGCAAGUCUCUGAUGUAUGCAACUUCAUUGGACAUUUAUUUCAAUCCAAUCUGAGUGCAAGCACUAUAUCAUCACACAUAUCUGCUCUGGGCUAUGUCCACAAAUUGUUCAAUUUGCCAGAUCCUUCUCAAGCCUUUGUAGUAAAGAAACUUCUGCGUGGUUGUCACAAAUUGGCAGGGACUGUAGACUCAAGGCUACCGAUAACGAAAGAUAUUUUAGCAAAACUUAUUGCGGCUUUGUCUCAUACGGUUGCAGCAAAAGCCAACUGCAUAUUAUUAGAUGCUCUGUUUAAAUUAUGCUUUCAUGCAUUCCUUCGCCUUGGGGAAGUUGUUUCAAAAUCUGCAGGAAGUAGCAGUUUGGUGGUGCAGCGGUCAAAUGUCGCCUUUCAAUUUGAGGGUUCUUUACUGAAAUCAGUGUAGAUAGUUCUACAUCAUUUCAAAAAUCAGAAACAUAACAAUCCUUUUGUCAUUACACUUGAGAGCAGCAUAGAUCCAACAAUGUGCCCUGUUGCAGCUUUGCAUCGCUAUUUAUCACAUUUCAAGCAUUCUUCGGGACCCUUAUUCCAGUUCAUAGGGGGAAACCCUGUUACAUAUUCUUAUGUCUCCACUCAACUCUAUGCCGCUGCAACCUUUGCUGGUCUGAACCCAAAGUUGUACAAAGGUCAUAGUUUUAGAAUAGGUGCUGCUACAUAUGCCACAAGUCUGGGUUAUUCUGAGAAUCUGAUCAAACAAUUAGGCAGAUGGAACUCUAAUGCCUUUCGUCGCUACAUAAGAAUACCUGCUUUCAACCUUUAACUUAUUUUUUACCCCAUCCUCUGAUAUAUUUUUUUUUUACUUGGUAGUCAGGGUGCUUUCAGGUUCAGCAACAACCUUUGGCAGGUCAGUGUCUCACUGCUGCUAAAGACUGCAUCACUUGCGUGCAUAUAUCAAUUGAAAAUUUGGGCAGGUCAGUGUCUAACUGCUGCUAAGGACUGUAUCAAUUGACUGUUAUAUCAAUUUUAAGACUUCGAGCAGGUCAGUGUGUAACUGCUGCAAAAAGUUUGGUACUAUGUAAAUAUUUAAACAAAAUAGGUUUUUUGCAAGUUGGUAUCUGUUAUAUUUUCUUUGUAGUAAUUCUUUUUUGCAAGUUGUAGAGAAAAUGUUUUCUGUUUUAUAUGCUACACAUUGGUACGGUAUACAUUGCUAUAUGUGGUUGGUGCAAUAUACCUUACUGACUCACUUAGUUACGCUAUCCUUUUAUACACAAAUAUGUCCAAAGUAUGUCUUGUUAUAUACAAUAUCCUUUAUGUUAUAGCACAGGAAUGUGUCAACUUUGGUAACCAUAUACACUGUUAAUUGCAAUCGGGUCAGUAGUUAACUGUUCAUGUGUGAUAAAUGUUUAUUAACUCUCCACAGUCAAACUAGUUAUUUCUCUCUGCUCACCUUGGAUGGUGCCGAUAUGAUACUGUGUUUCAUAUCUUGUGGCCUUAUUUGUUCGCCAUCUUUUUGCUCUGGGUUUGAUUUGAUGAAUUUUUAUUUGUCAUCUUAUAGCGUAGCAUUAUUUAAGUUAUUUUGUCUUCUUUGGGGGAAAUCAGACUUUGAGUAAUUUAGCUUUGCAGGUACUUUCAUGUAGAAUGUAUUAUCUGAUUUCCCCCAAAAUCUUAUGUUGAAGAUUUCUUUCGUCAUUUGGUAUUGUAAUAAAUGACAAAUUUUCAA